CUACUUUCUACCCACCAGCACAAUGACUUACGACCCUUGCGGUUGCGACCGGCCGGCGGUCCCCAACAAGCCCACCCAAGAAUUGGUGCUGUGUUUUGAUGGGACGGGCAAUACCUUUCGAGUCGACGGAGGAGAGAGCAAUAUCCUCAAGAUUUUCCGGAUGUUGGACCGCAGCAAGGACAAUCGAUACUGCUACUACCAACCCGGCAUCGGCACCGACAUCACCCCGGGCACCUUCGCCAACGCCGCCAUCCGGCCCUUCAGCAACCUCCCCGCCAGCAAAGUCAUCGACCAAGCCCUGGCCACCUCCUUCGACCAACACGUCAUCGGGGGCUACCGAUUCCUAGCCCGACGCUGGCGUCCAGGCUCGCACAUCUACCUCUUUGGCUUCUCCCGCGGCGCCUACACGGCCCGAUUCCUGAACGAGAUGCUCGACUUCGUCGGCCUCAUCUCCGCCGACAACGAAGAACUCAUCCCGUUCGUCUGGCAAGCGUUUCUGUCCUGGAAGUACGCGCACGGGGACCGCGAGGCCCAACAAGCCGACAAUUUCUUGAGACUGUGUCGCGACACGAUGUGUCGCUCCGUCGGCCUCGUGCACUUUCUUGGAUUGUUCGACACGGUCAACAGCGUGGCGGAGUUCAAUAAGGACGUGCUGAAGGACAUGGAGACGAUGCCCCGUCCCCGCUACAUGCGUCAUGCGGUGAGUAUUGAUGAGAAGCGCAUCAAGUUCCAGCCGGUCCUGUUUGAGCGGCUGCGCGGGGCGCAUGCGAAGAAGGGACGGGUGAGUACCUGGGCGGAGCGCGCGGAGCAGCAGUUCUGGGGGGUGCCGUUGAGUCCGGUCUUGGAGACGGAUUUCGAGGAGGUGUAUUUCGCGGGCGAUCAUAGUGAUGUCGGCGGUGGGCAUGAGUCGCUGGUGGAGCCCGGGGUCCCCGGGGCGAAGGUCUGGCCAGUGAGUCAGAUUCCACUCAUGUGGAUGGUGCAGGAAGCCACGCAUGUCGGUUUGACGUUUGAUCCGGUGCAGUUGCAGGAGUUGGGGUGUCAUUUGGUGCCGGUCGUGGGGGGGCUUGCGACAGCAUCGGAGGGGGAGGGGGUGGAUGGCUCCGAGGGGGGUGACGGUGGUCGUGCUUCAGCACCUCCAGACCAAGGAAAGUUGAUCGAGGUCGAGGAGGCUGCUGGCCCGGAGCCGAAGCUGAUGCAAUUUGAUCCGGCGAUCGUGCGCAUGGCCGAGCGGGCGCCCCUGCAUGACUCCCUGGAGUACGAGUCGGGCCACGGGGUCGAGACCCUAUUCUGGCGCUUGCUCGAGUGUCUGCCCAUCAAACGGCCCAAGGUCAAUCGCGAUGGCUCCGUCAAGCAGACGCGCUGGCAUGUCGGCGGCCUGCGUCGGCCGCUCCCCGAUGGGGCGCGCAUCCACGCCAGUGUCAUUCAUCGCUUACAGCAGGACCCCGAGUACCGGCCGUAUAAUCUGGGGCUGGGCCAGAAGCGCGUGCCGACCACGACGAGUUUGGAUCAUGUCGAGCGGAGGGAUAUCGGGCAGUGGCGGAGGGUGCAGCAUGGGGGGUUAUGCGAUUAUUAUGUGAGGGUGCCGGGGACGGGGAUACUAUAA